UUUAAGUUUAAGAGAUACUCCUACUCCUACUCCUUAUUCCCUUCUGAUGUUCAACAAAUUAUUUACAGAUAGUGACAACUACACCACCUUUUUUGUUUGUUCAUCCCAUGUGAUCUUCCCUUGGAGGAUGUGCUCUCUCUUCUCUGGAUUCACUCUAUUUACAAUUUCCUAUUUGCUAUUUGCUUUGGUCUUUCUUUCCCUUCAUUUCCCUUAUACAAAUUCAACAUUUCCUCUACCAUUAUUAUCCCUUCUCAUUCAUCUCUUUCCACCCACAAUCUAUUUCUCCCUCUCUCUAUAUCCACCAAUAAAUUUCCAUCCAAUAUUUGAACAAUUUGAUGUUCCAUUUAGAGAAAUGAAAAAAAACAAAAUUUUUCUUUCAGCUUUCAACUUUCAAGUUUCAACUAAUACAAGUGUUCAAGGAAAAGGAAUGUAAACAAUAAAAGUGAUCAUUCCGAACUCAGAUUGGUUUCAGGUCAGGUGUUUUCGUACGUUAAUUCGUUGUUGAAGUCGGGUUGAGUAAUAAUGUCGGGUCUGUUUAGAAUACGUUAGUGAACAUCUUUUGUGCAUUAUUGAAGAUUAGCUCAGGAAGAUCUCUAAUCAACUUUUGUUUUCUGGGUAUUGUUCUCAAGUGAAAACUUUCAUUGGGUUUAAGAGUAUUUUUAGUUACUUAAUGAUUUAAAACAAUAAAAGUGUUAAAAGUAUAUGAUUUAAAACAAUAAAAGUGUCCAUUGGCAAUCAAAUUGCUUUCAGGUGUUUUGGGUCGAGUCAAAAUCAGAUUUUGUGUCCACACAUAUGUAGUAAAUCCAUUGUUGAAGUGGGGUUCAAUCAUAUAAUUUCGGGUCUGUUUCGAACACUUAUGGUAAACAUCUUUGGGCAUUAAUCAUAUGAUUUAAAACAAUGAAGAUGAAGUCUUUAAGCAGAGUAGGACUUGGAUUAAGUGUGGUAUUUACAUGUUUACUAUUAGCAUUGCUUGCUGAAAUUUACUACUUAUUAUGGUGGAAAAGAAGAAUCAUUAAAAGAAAGAUUCAAGAUGGGCACAAGUAUAACCAACCAAAAAGGCAAUUUCUACACCUAUUUUGUUUCAAAAAACAAUCAAAAAACUCAAUAAAUCUUCAUUCAACAGAAAUCCCAAAUCCCCAAUCCCAAACCCAACAACAAUUAAACCAAGAAUUCCAAUUUCAAUCCCAAAACAACAAGGAUAAUUAUUUUGGAACAAUUUUAGGGCACCCAAGAUUUCUAUUCACCAUUCAAGAAGAAACAAAAGAAGAUUUAGAAUCAGAAGAUGGGAAAUCAACAAAAGGGAAAAGAAGUUUAAGUGAUCUUUUAAAAACUCAUGAAAUUAAUCAAACACCACCAUUUUUAACACCAAUUUCAUCUCCUCAAUUUGUAACACCCCCAAUUACACCAAUGGGAUCUUGUCAUAGUAAUCAAAGUGGUGGGUAUAACCCAUUUUUUGAAUCUUCAAAUGAUGCUGAAUUUAGUAAGAUUGUGAAAUCUUCUCCUCCUCCAAAGUUCAAGUUUUUAAGGGAUGCUGAGGAGAAAUUACAGAGGAGAAUCAUGAUGUUUGAACAAGCUAAAUCACAAGGGAAUCUACUAAAUGAGCGUUUUAAUGAAGAAAAUGGGUGUUUUAAUGAAGAAAAUGGGUGUUCUAAUGAAAAAAAUGGGUGUUUUAUUAAGAUUAUUGUUGCUAAAAAUGAAGAAAAUGAGGAAUUAAAUCACCAUUAUCAUUCUCCUUAUUGUUUUAAGGGUGAUUCUUCUUGUUCUUCACAAGUUCUUCCUUUGGCUUCUUCUCCUUCAAAUUUAGCACCAUCUAACAGGAAAUUUAAGAAUUUUUUAACCUUGUAAUGUAUAUGUAUGAUGAAUUCUGUUUUUCUUUUUUUUUUUAAUUGUAAUUUUGUAUUAGAAAUAUAUAAAUGGGAUUGGGAUAAUUUGGAUUUCAUUAUCCCAAUCAUGGUAUUGUGGGAAUGCAGAUUUUGGUUAUGCUGCUUUAACCCACAGUUAUUUUGGUUUCACUUUCAUCCCUUAUUUUUAGGAAAAUUUUUUGUAGAAAUUCUUCACUUUUUACGUUUUGUUGUGAAUAGUUCCUAAUUUUUAAAGAAUAAUACCUAUUUUUUAUUAUUUAUGAAAAAUCGGAACUUCUCACCUUAGUUGCUCACAGCACCCCCAUCGAAAUUGUGAUUUAUAACAACAGGUCGAAAAGCUAAGGUUAAUGUCUUCAUCAGAAUAAUCUUCUUCGGCAUUCAAUUUCAUGUUCGUUUCACCCUAAGAUUUUAGGGUUCAUCCUAAAACUCCCAAUUUGCAUUUUUCCAAUUCUAUGGUUCAUCAUUUCACCCCAAAUUCAAAGAAGGUUGGUAGAAUCCGGUUGUUUUUGUUGUUGUUCUUCAUAAACAUGGUAAGCUGUUAUUCUC